AGGGAGAGUAGCAGGCUGGACAGAGACUUACGCUCACACUCGCUCUCGCAGCACUGUUGUCAGUCUUGGAAUGUAAGUGCAGCGGAGAGGAUUCAGAAUAAGCGCCACCUCUAAACACUGCUACGUGAGGAGUAGGGACACAGUAACACGACACUCAGAAACACAGAUGGACACUACUAAGCUAUAAAUACAAAAGGAAUCAAUAGGCUAUCAAAGGGAAAAGGACUACAAUGCAUGAUUUGGUAGCGUUGCAUUACAGAGUGCAUCCUACCAGAAGCUCAUUACCAUAACACAUUAGUCAUACAGAACUCCUUCCCCACGUGAUUGGAUACCAUGAUAACCAAUCACUUCCAGAUUAUAUUUAUGGUCUCCAUUCUGCGGCCAAUCACUGCCCUGCCCAUGGCACCUGGAAAUACUGUGAAUCUGUUGGGAACAUCACCGGAGAAGGAUGAUGGAAAGAUACUCCAGCGCGCCAAACGAGGAUGGAUGUGGAAUCAAUUCUUUCUUCUAGAGGAGUACACCGGGAAUGACAACCAGUAUGUUGGCAAGCUGCAUUCCAAUAUGGACCGAGGGGAAGGUAACGUGAAGUACAUUCUAACUGGAGACGGGGUGGGGAGCUUGUUUCUAAUAGAUGAGAACUCAGGUGACAUUCACGCCACUAAGCGGUUGGACAGGGAGGAGAGGGCCAUAUACACACUCCACGCUAAGGUGGUGGACAAGAGGACCAACAAGACUCUGGAGGCUGAUACUGAAUUUAACAUCAAGAUCCACGACAUCAACGACAAUGAGCCAAAGUUCUCAAAAGACAUCUAUUUCGCCAGUGUCCCUGAGAUGUCAGAUGUAGGCACGUCAGUUAUACAAGUCACCGCGACAGAUGCUGACGAUCAAACAUACGGGAACAGUGCCAAGCUUGUGUACAGUAUUCUACAGGGUCAACCCUAUUUCUCAGUGGAUUCAGACAACGGUACUAUCAGGACAGCCCUGCCCAACAUGGACAGGGAGACGAAGGAGAACUACCAGGUUGUGAUCCAGGCUAAAGACAUGGCUGGCCAGAUGGGUGGACUAUCAGGGACCACCACGGUCAGCAUCACUCUCUCUGAUGAGAAUGACAGCCCACCCCGCUUUGCCAACCAUACAUUUCGUCUGAGCACUCUGGAGUCAGCUGAAGUAGGAGCUGCCAUAGGUCGGAUCAAGGCUAACGAUGCGGAUGUGGGGCGGAAUGCUGAGAUGCAGUAUAGCAUCGUCGACCGAGACGGACAGGACAUAUUCACCAUCAUCACUGACCAAAACACACAGGAGGGCAUUAUCAGAGUGAAAAAGCAACUGGAUUAUGAGAGAAAAAAGACAUUCUCAUUUAAAGUGGAGGUGACCAACACCUAUCUGGAUCCCAGGUUCAUGUACAGUCCCAACCCUCCAUUCAAAGAUGACGCCAUGGUGCGGGUGACAAUAGAGGAUGUGGACGAGCCGCCAGUGUUCAGCAGGAACCCUUACAUCAUCGAGGUGCAUGAGGACACAGCUGCUGGUAGCUUUGUUGGUGUGGUGUCAGCCAAGGACCUCGAUGCUGACAACAACCCAGUCAAAUACUCCAUUGACCGCCAUACCGAUCUGGAGAGACUAUUCAACAUUGAUUCUGUAAAUGGCACCAUUACUACACUGAAAGCCCUCGACAGGGAGAUGUCCAAAUGGCAUAACAUCUCUGUUGUUGCAACUGAAAUAAGUAAUCCUCGCCAAACCACUCGAGUCCCAGUGUUCAUACGGGUCCUGGACGUAAACGACAAUGCACCUGAAUUUGCCAUGUAUUACGAGACAUUUGUCUGUGAAAAUGUCAAAUCUGGACAGGUACAGUAUGACAUCAUCAUACCACAAAUGGUGAAGAAAAGCCUGAAGAAACAUGUGUUUUCCCAUACCUUUUUGUUUCACUAUCCACAGCUGAUUCAGACAAUAAGUGCGGUUGACACGGAUGAGCCCCUUGUUGGACAUAAGUUUGUCUUCAGUAUGAGCUUCUCCAAUCCAAAUUUCACCAUCAUUGACAAUGAAGAUAACACAGCCAGGAUCAUCACCCGAAGGGGAGGAUUUAGCCAGCGUGAGAUGAACACAUACCUACUGCCUGUGGUGAUCUCAGACAAUGACUACCCUAUCCAGAGCAGCACCAGCACUUUGACUGUGAACGUGUGUGCCUGCGACAGCCGGGGGAACGUGCAAUCCUGCAACACAGAGGCUCUGCUGUCUGCCGGGCUGAGCACUGGAGCUCUGGUGGCUAUCCUGCUCUGUGUCAUCAUCCUCUUGAUGAUCGUGGUGCUGUUCGCUGCCCUGAGGAGGCAGCAGAGGAAGAAGGAGCCUCUGAUCAUCUCCAAAGAGGAUGUGAGAGACAAUGUUGUCAGCUACAACGAUGAGGGGGGCGGAGAGGAGGACACCCAGGCCUUUGAUAUUGGCACCCUGCGCAAUCCAGAGGUGAUGGAUGCUAAGAAGCUGCGCAGGGACAUCAUUCCAGAGAUGCUAUUUCCCUUCGGGAGGACAUCACCUAUAAAGGAUAACGCCGACGUCAGACACUUCAUUCACGGGAGGCUCCAUGAGAACGACUCGGACCCCACCGCGCCCCCGUAUGACUCCCUUGCCACCUACGCCUACGAGGGGAGCGGCUCGCUAGCCGAGUCCCUCAGCUCGCUGGAGUCUGGAGCUACGGAGGGGGACCAGGAGUACGAUUACCUAAGCAACUGGGGACCGGCGUUCAAAAAACUAGCAGAUAUGUAUAUAGGGAAGGACACGGAGAGAGAAACAUAGAUUACAGGUAGGGCUGUACUACCGGAGCCCAUCAUCAAUGACAUGUACUGAUAAUCUCUCUCACACACUAUCCUGCAACCGAUCCAUUGAUUCAUAUGGCUGGUCAAGUAGAAUUCAUGAAUUAAACAUUAAACUCACUACUGGUGGUGAUAUUCCUCACAGUUUUACUGUUUUUGGUUAUAAUCAGUAAAGAUGCCUUUGAAUUUUAAGAAAUGUUGUGAACAAUGGUAUGGACAAUGUGUUUUGUAACUGAGGAGUGAGAUAGUAGUCUUGUAUACUAUCAAUGUUUAUUGGAGAAAAAAAAGGCUUUUCCUGCAAAGUAAAUUUGAAAUAGAUACAUGUAUGAACUGCUUUUCCAUGAUGGACAUACUAUAUCCUAUUCGCCAUCUUUGUUUGGCAAGCAAUGUUCAUGUUAAUGGUUGGUUAGGUUUAUUCUGUGGAUCCAUUUCAUCAUAUACUGUAGGUGUAUGAUGUAAUAAGGACGUGUACGUUGUAGGGUAACUGUCACACACUGAAUUCAUGUUGUUUGAAUGCCAAGUCAUAUUGUUUUAUAUUUAUAUUUUUAUACUUCUUUUCUUAAUAAAAAAAUUAAGAAACUUCA